GACGAAGGAGGUAUUAAUUUCAUUUUUUUAAAUAGCUUUGGAACAUACUGCCUAUUUCUAUAUUAAUUUAUUUUAGAACAUAAUCAGCGAGGAUGGGGGUGCUCUGCAAGGAUGCUAAAGUAAUUUCGAGUGAAAACAUCACUACCCAACACAAGCUUCUGCUGAUGGAUGUCAUGAUCAGGUGGGUGAAACAUAGGAGAGCUUCGAGUGGCAACACACAAAUUCGGUGGAGGAGAUUAAGUGGGGAGAAUAUCUAUGAGUUGAUGAGGCGAGUGCAGGAGAAAGGUGCGUGGGAAUCGGCCGGAGAGGCUACUGAUAUGUGGGCACGGACUGCUAACUGCAUCAGGGAAACAACCAGGGAAGUGUUAGGUGUGAGCUCUGGCUCUGAGAGUAGGCGUCAGGGCGAUUGGUGGUGGAGCGAUUCACUUCGAAGUAAGGUGGAAGCUAAUAAGAAGGUGGCGUAUUUGAGGUACACGGGCUGCAAUGUUAAGGAGGAAAGAGCGGCAUUACGAGUAGAGUACAAGAAGACACAUAAAGAAGCUAAGUUAGAGGUUACGAGGGCAAAGAAUGCCGCUUUGGAACGCCUCUACAAGGAUAUUGAGGAGAAAGGCAGUGUUAACCCACUGUUCCAGCUUGCUAAGGUGCGUGAGAGGAAGGCCCGAGAUCUUGAUCACGUGAGAUGCAUGAAGGGCAGCGAUGGUAGUGUGUUAGUUGAGACUGCCAAGAGGUGCCUUGAGACGAGAGGAGUUCCCAUUGUGUACACUCGCGCGAUCAACGAUAUGUACGAUGGGGCUAUGACUAGGGUAAGGACUUCCGGGGGUGACUCCGAGUCUUUCUCGGUAGGGAUGGGGUUGCACCAGGGGUCUGCCCUUAGCCCUUUUUUGUUCGCCUUAGUGAUGGACGUCCUAACUCAAAGUGUUCAAGAAGGGGUCCCAUGGUGCAUGCUUUUCGUGGAUGAUAUUGUGCUUAUCGACGACACACGUGAGGGACUAAACGAUAAGUUGGAACUAUGGCGCCUUGCCCUUAAGACUAAAGGAUUCAGAAUUAGUAGGAACAAGACUGAAUACAUGGAAUGUCAUUUCAGCGGACGGGAAACAGAAUCAGAAGUGGAAGUUAGGAUUGACUCUCACCUAGUACCUAAGGUAGACAGGUUUCGUUAUCUUGGCUCGGUAAUCCAGGCUGAUGGGGAGUUAGAUGGGGAUGUUAGACAUCGUGUUGGAGUGGCUUGGGCCAAAUGGUGGUUAGCUCCAGGGGUGUUGUAUGAUCCAAAGAUUUCGCCCAGGAUAAAGACAAGGUUGGAUAGGAUUUCCAACGAAGUUAUCCGACGUCAGGUAGGCAUGGCGCCGGUGGAAGAUAAGUUGCGGGAAGCGAGGUUGAGAUGGUUUGGUCAUGUGAGACGGCGGGAUGCUGGCGCCCCUGUUGAGCCGGGGGUCUCUUGGAAACAGCCUCUCUACUUCCGAGUAGGGGCAAGGUCUGCGUACACACACCCUGUCACCCUCCCCAGACCCUACUGUAGUGGGAUUCAACUGGGAUGCUGUUGUUGUUGUAAUCAGCGAGGAUGGCCUCCCCUAGGCAACCCACGGGCUCCUCACCAUGUGCACCUCUAGCUGGCAUCGGUCUGAUGGAUGUUUAGGGUCGGGUAUACCCAUACCCGAGGGAAAGUCAGGGGAGACUUGAGAAAAUAAAUGGCUGUUCCUCAA